CAUACAAAUUCAUCAUCUUUGUCGUUUAUAUUCCUGUUUAUGCUGUACAUUAAUCAGGGCGAUACAAAAAGUUAAUUAUUCUCUUUAACUUUAGCAACUAUCCAAUCUUUUGACCAGUUUAAGAUUUCAAGAAACACACAAAGAAACAAAGAAAUCAAGAAUUCUAAAUUCUUGAUCAGAAAUUCAGGUUCUUUAUUGAAUUUUAUGAUAUGGGUAAAGGUGGUGGGUGUGUACCAAGCAAGAGAAGACCUCCUAUUGAGGUACCUGAUCAAGAACCUUCUCUCCAAGAAACAAACUCUGCUAUUUCCUCACAAAACCAAAUCACAUCCACAAACACAACGAUCCCAGUUCAAUAUAAUCCCACACUAGCAGUUAAAAAGUGCAAGAUUUUUAUUAUUUUUUACUCAAUGUAUGCUCAUGUGGAGUUAAUGGCAAGAAGAAUAAAGAAAGGCGUGGAUUCCAUUGAAGGGGUUGAAGGGGUUUUGUAUAGGGUCCCAGAGACGUUGCUACAGGGUACUUUAGAGCAAAUGAAGGUACCCCAGAAAGGAAAUGAUGUGCCUUUGAUAAAAGUUGAUGAGUUGGUUAAUGCUGAUGGCUUCUUGUUUGGAUUUCCUACAAGAUUUGGGUCCAUGGCAGCUCAAAUGAAGGCUUUUUUUGACUCGACUCAUGAGUUAUGGAUGAAGCAGAAGCUUGCAGGUGUGCCUGCCGGGUUCUUUGUGAGCACCGGCACACAGGGUGGUGGGCAGGAGACCACUGCCUGGACAGCAAUCACUCAGUUAGUCCAUCAUGGGAUGGUCUUUGUCCCUAUCGGUUACACCUUUGGAGCUGGAAUGUUCAGAAUGGAUUCCAUUAGAGGAGGAUCUCCCUAUGGUGCAGGAGUCCUUUCUGGAGAUGGCACAAGAGAGCCAAGUGCAACAGAACUAGCUCUUGCAGAGCACCAGGGAAAAUACAUGGCUACAGUAGUUAAAAGAUUUGCAAGGCCCUUUUCACUGGCCCCUGGUGAAAAACACAACUAGUGCUGCUAAAACCAAUAUUCAUUUGCAUCUCUAUUGUCCACCUUUUUUAUAUGUUGAUCUCGUGCAUGCUCUCUCUCGUGUUUGAAUAGUAUCACGUGUGUAUAGAUUUUAGACAGCUUAGGACUUAAGAGCUUAUUCUGUAGUAGCUUAACAUUACUCCGUGCCCAUUCUUCACUGGUUCCCAGCUUCUGGCUCCCCGUUUCUUCGGAGUGUUAGAUCCUUCUACAUGGUUUGGAGUUUCCAUUUGAUUGCAUCGUUUUUUCUUCAGAUGAACCAUUUGAUUGUCCAACCAAAUUGAUCGUUGAUCAAUAACAAUUGUGAGGUUGUGUUUCUUA